UCGUCUGCCGGCUCGUGGAUUGCAACAGCGAUGAGCAGCAACCGGCAUCACCAUGGCAACCGGCAUCUUCAUGGCACCUGUAGUUUGCAGAUUUCCGAUCUAGUGACCCAUGGCAAUGGUAUUGCAUUUUUAUUGGCCUGCUUUACCUUUCCGGAUUACCUGGAUAUUUUUGCACGCGCCAGCUCAGCGGUGAAAAAAGGCCGGCAUGGAUCACAUGGAUUCCGCAAGGUACAAGGAACUGUACACCAAUUCCGAGGCCAUGGUGGAGCAGCUGGCCAGCGAAUUGCAUCAGCGGGACCGUAGCAUCGAGGUGCUGGAGGCGCGAUGUGCGGCCCUGAUGGGAUUCGCAGAGACGAGCACAGGGACGGGAGAGAAGCAGGGACAUCCGGCGCCUUCAACUUUUCCAAUUGGCACUCUGGAACAAUUGGAAGAGUUUGAGGCCAACGCGGGGGCGUCGGAGACGUUCCGGCAACGCGUGUUGGAGGAGAUGAAGGAAGCGUACCGCUUUAAAAUGGGAAUGCUGUUUGCACCGGAAUUGUUGAUCCAUUUCAUUUCGUUCACGUAA